AUGGUCGAGGAUGACAUGCAGCUCACUGACGUCGACAAGGCGAUCAUGAACUGGUACAUGCGUGAGCUGGCGCACCGCUGUGGGCUGAAAGUGGCGGAGCUUCGCAUCGAGCGGGGGGCCAUGGAAUCGAUGCACAUGCGCGCACACCGGCUUGUGGCUGACCGGGCCGCGAAGGGGAUCCUCAAGCGCGGCAAGGGCGGCAUCACCGCCGACGACGUGGAGAACGUGCUCCGGAACUGGGCAUUCGCACGCAACAGCUUUCGGCUGAACGUGAUGCCACAAGGGCAAGACUGGGUGAAAUCGGACACCCUGGGAUUGCUGCGCGAUCGUGGCGGCGACAUCCAUGUCACUAAGCCCACCCUGCGCUACCCGCACGUUGCAGAGAUGCUGAACAAGUUCUUGCUGCAGCGCCUGCCGAACGAGGCGAAGUCCUUCAAGUGGACAUCCAUUAACCUCAACUGCAACUAUGCCGCCCGGCGUCAUCGAGAUGGGAACAACUUCGGUCCUUCGUUCAUCCAGGCCUUCGGCAAUUUCACCGGCGGUGAGCUCAGCGUAUGGCCCGAAGACGACAAGUCGCAGAAGCUGCACGAGCUGCCUGAGAGUCAGAAGAAGACAGUCGACAUCAAGAAGAACCUCGUGCUCUUCAACGGCAACACCGCGCACGAGGUCCACGACUUCGAUGGGCAGCGCUUCAGUGUGGUCUACUUCUGCUGUGGCUGCCACGCCAAGACACCUCCCAGCGUGCAGAAGGAGCUCAAGAAGUUCAGCUUCCACCAUCCGAACAAGGACGACAAGCGCUACACCCUUCUCCCGGAACCCCAAGGCUACUCCAAGAAGUCGGUGGGUACGCGAAGGGGUGUGCUGAAGACCUGGCCGGCGAAGACGAAGUAG